AUGGCUUACCCGCGACCUGACUUUCAGCCCAAAAACCUCCAUUGGAUCUCCCUCGACGGAAUAUGGGACAUCAUCUUCGAUGACGCAGACAGCGGUCUUUCCCAAUCAUGGCACCUAAAGGGAAUCCCCUCCGAAGCAGGAACAAACAAGCGACGAGAUAUCAGAGUGCCCUACGCUUUCCAAACCCCGGCCUCAGGAAUUGGUGUUCAUGAAGUUCACGAAGUGAUCUGGUAUGAGCGCACCGUGAGCGAUAUCCGCACCGUCGACGAGAUAAACCGCGGAAAUCGCCUGCUGAUCCGUUUUGGCGCUGUCGACUAUGAGUGCUCUGCUUGGGUAGACGGCCAUUUCGUGGGAUAUCAUCAGGGAGGCCAUGUACCUUUUGACCUGGAUAUUUCGGAUGCCUUCUCUCGUCCCGACGCUGCGAAGAAAACAACAGAGGCCCGUUUGACGUUGCAAGUCCGUGACUCUGCGACUGAUCUUGCCCAACCCCGUGGGAAGCAGUACUGGGGUCCCGUUCCGGAGAGUAUCUUCUACACACCUACGAGCGGAAUUUGGCAGACGGUGUGGUUAGAGAGUGUGCCCCCAAUGCGGCUUUCCUGUGGUAGUGGCGGCACAGUGCUCCGUUCGGAUGAUAUCAAGCGGGGCCUACUUCAUGCUUGCGUUGUUGUCACUGGUCGACCGAUUGGCUCCCAAUGCAGCAUUGAGAUUGAAUCUCACCUUGCUGGACAACCCGUUAAUAAGGCCAGGGGUGAUCUCCCGAAGGAUCGAGAGUUUGUCAAUAUCGAUCUGAGCAUGAAGGUAUCAAACGCAGCAGACUUGAAGCAUAAGACACCGUUUAACGUGGAGGGUUGCUGGCACAAUGGUGUGGCACUCUGGCACCCCGACCAUCCGAUUCUCUAUGACUUGGUGCUGCGUCUUUACGACUCGUCUGGUAAAGAGGUGGAUGAAGUCCAGACGACAACCGGAAUGCGUCAUCUUUCAUGGCAGAACGGCGACGGCACAUUCCGAAUUAACGACAAACCUUUCUUCCAGACUAUGGUCUUGGAUCAAGGCUAUUGGGACGAGACUGGUCUCACACCUCCUUCGCCAGAAGCCUUGAAGAUCGACAUUGAGUUGACGAAGAAAAUGGGGUUCAGUGGUUGUCGCAAACACCAAAAGGUCGAGGACCCUAUUUUUUAUUACUGGGCUGAUCGAUUAGGCUUCCUCGUCUGGGGUGAGAUGGCCAAUGCCUAUGCAUUUGGCAAUGACUUUGUCGAACGCGUCAACAGCGAGUGGAUAGCGUCUGUCAAAAGAGACAUCAAUCAUCCUUCCAUUGUUACUUGGACUCCUGCGAAUGAGAGUUGGGGCUAUACUUCGCUGAAGGACAAUAUUGAGCAGCGAAACCAUCUCCGUUCUGUGUAUUACCAGACCAAAACUAUCGAUCCUACCCGCCCAAUCAACGACAACUGUGGCUGGGAACACGUCCUGACAGAUCUCACCACCUACCACGAUUACAGCGACUCCACCGAACUCUCCGUAACAUGCUCAAACAUGGGCACCGGAAUCCUUGGCCAAAAGGGCGGGCACGAUAUGUUCGUCCCGCCUUUCGGAUCCGACCCAGGCACCAAGCACCAACCCGGUGCACCGGUGAUCUGCUCCGAGUUUGGUGGCGUGAAUAUCGCCCCUUCGAAGAACUCCCCUGCUGCUUCUGAGAGAGACUGGGGUUAUACUACCGCGUCUGAUCCGAAUGAUUUCUUAUACCGGUUCGAGAAAUUGGUCAUGGCGAUUGUAAAGGGAGGCAAUUCGCAUGGUCUUGUGUAUACUCAGAUCUGCGAUAUUGAGCAAGAGGUUAAUGGUCUGUACUCGAUCCAUCGGAAGGAGAAGAUCCCAUCAGAGAGGGUCAAGGCUAUUAUGGAUGCUGCGCGAGAAUACUAUUACAAGAAUGUGGCGGUUCAGAGAACACAUCUGGGUUCGAAGGUUGUGCAUGGCCUUGAGAAGAGGUUCCACAUGUAG